GCAUGCUGCUUGGAUAUGAUGAGACGGUUUCGGUAAUUUCCAUUCUCGACGUGUGCAUUUCGUCUUUCCUCUUUCACUUGCCUCUCUCAGCAGCGUCUUGAAGCGGUACCGGAUACCCUCUUACCUUGGUAUGGGUUGCAAUAGCAAGCCAGAUUGCCUGCCUAUCCCUUGGUGAACGUAAAAGUUGUCCAGAAUCAGUCAUUAUGCCGUUGCUUCUGCUUCUGUUCUUAUUGAUAGCUGGCCUAUACGUUCAGGCGACUCCAUUACAGCCAACGUUCUCAUCAUGUCUUUUCGCACACUCUCCUGUUGCAGCGAGCGAGAACCUUUUGAACGUCACUCAAGUUUUUGCAACACUAGUUCCAGGAAACGAGGCAACAGAGCUUGGCCUGACCGGUGAUGGACAUGAUGUCCUCAGACUCGACCUCGUGGGCGUCACUGGAGCCGAGCUUGCGGGCUAUGACAACUCGACGAACAAGCUUGCGACGUUGUUCACCGAUACUCACGCUGCAACGGCCAGGGUAUACUCUUCAACCACUUGGUUGUGCAAUUCCCUUUUCCCAGCCGCAUUACCCGAACCUUACUAUCCAUACAACACAACGUACUGUCCCCUCCCUGCAGGCGACUUUGCUAUCAACAUCUCCAUCCCACUCUACCGUUCUUAUGCUCUUACCACACUACACACGCAAGUUCGUAUCGUAGACACUUCUUUAGAAGCGGCCAGUCUUACAUGUCUCAAUAUUCAUGUCUCGCCAUACGACGAUUCUGGAUGGUAUUAUCUUCUAUUUCGCUACUGGCUUGUCGCGCUUGUUGCUGGCUUCUGGCUUGUCAGUUGGGGAGCCAGAUUUGUCACUGGUUGGAUUGUGGGCAGUGGUGUAGCAGAAUAUGGACAGAAGGAACUCGCAGGCGCCAGGUUGAUGGCUGGAGGAUCUAACAACAGGGAGGCGACGAUGCGCAAGUGGGGUACGAUGAUUAUCAGUGGUCUGAGUGGAGAGAGAUUAAGCGUCAGCGGUGGUCUUCUGAGAUUCGUGACUCCCGGUGUCAAGGAUAUUUUGUUCCAUAUCCAGUACGCCUCAAUGCUGGGCAUGAUUGCCGUCAAUUGGCCCGAAUUUUCAUACCCAAUUUUUGCCCAAGGCGCCUGGGGCAAUUUGGUGUGGAACACAACUCUUGUCCAAGGAUCCAACCCUACCUCAAAGCGAGUCAGUAUAUAUCCCGACAACUAUACCGUUCCCUCCCAGUUCAGCACCCAGAUGACAGACCCUCUAUAUCCAUUAUAUCUGGAUGCGGAUGCCUUUGACCCUGUCCUUGACCUUCACAAUUCCCCUGAUGGCAUGGAAUCUUUCGCGACGGCGGUAGGCCUCAGACCACAAGACCUCUUUGGUACCUGUCUAGCCAUAUUCCUUUGCAUCACAGCCGCAGUCAUCUUCCUCAGCUUAUUGCUCUGGUUCCUCCACGGAUUAUCAGAAUACAUCCUAACUAAGGAGCACAAGCAAAACAGCCCAGCGGCAAAGCGCACGACGUUGGGUUCUAGCCCACGCGGUAGUUUGGGUGGAAAGGAAGCGCUUGAUCCGCAAACAUCAUCUUCAGAAGGCCUUGGUGUCCUCCCUACGCAAUCAGGCUUUUUCAGCCACAAAUCCUCAUCUCCAUCUCUUCUUCGACGGAUCUGGCUACGCUUCCGACCUAGAGGCGAAGCUGGUGCUUUCCAUGCCGCUGCGCUGUACGGUAACCUCAUCCGACUCAUACUCGUCUUUCACCUGCCCGUCACUAUUUUCUCCAUGUACCAGCUUUGCUUAGGGGGCCGGGCUAGCAUCGUUUCUAGGGUCUUUGCUGCCUUUUCAUUCGCAUUCAUCUCGGUACUUAUACCAGCAUAUAUUCUCUACCGAGUGUAUAACACACCUACAGGCAAGCUGUACGACGCAACCAGAACGCUUUUAUCCAUCGGUCCGAUGUACACCGUCUAUGUUGAGAAGAAGCAGAUGUUCCGUGUGUUCUCUUUGACUGCAAGCUUGAUAGCUGGAAUUGUUGUUGGUGCGGGGCAGAAAAGUGGGAUUGCGCAGACUAUCAUCCUCAUCGUCGUGGAACUCGCUAUGUUGAUUAUUCCCGGUGUGUGGUAUCCAUGGGGAGAAGGUGCAAGUAUGGGUGCGCCGAAUGCUUUCUUAACUGCAUUGCGAUUGGUGUCCGUGGUAUUGGCAAUGCUUCUAAGUCGAACUAUAUCCAUGCCCGGAACAGCUGCCGAUUGGAUCACCUAUGCCAUCCUCAUCAUCCAAGCAAUCAUUUUUGUUUUCUUCCUCUUGAUGCUCCUCACUAAAAUCAUCGAAGGUUCUAUUCGUCUCUUCGGUGGUGUACACUUUGAUGAAUCAACCCACCCUCUGGACGGAGGUAUCUUCGCCGCCAUCAUGGACCUCGACUGUCUCAAUCCUGUACGAGGAGGUAAAGCGGCAGAGAGGCGAAGACGGAAACGCGAUUCAAGGCAGCUGCACAAGAAUGUCUAUGCUGCGGGAAC